CGGCAGGUGGCGUUGAGAAAUUUAGCUCAUCACAACAAUUUUUAGGCAAAAGGAAAUUAGUCUUGAUUAUUUUUGGAUUCUUGAAAUAUUUACCAUUGAAAACGAAAAUUUAAACAGACAUCCUCUCUUAGAUUAGUUUGAUUGUUUGGUGAGCAGGGAAGGAACAACGCUGAUCCACUCUUAAUACAGUUCAACUUGUCAAAAAAGAUGAUUUCCGAACCUCCGGCCAUCACUCAAGUUCAGGCCGUAUAUAGUUUCAAAGGAAAAAAUAAUGAUGAGCUGAAUUUUAAGAAAGGUGAUAUUAUAACUAUCACUCAAAAAGAAGAGGGUGGGUGGUGGGAAGGAACAUUUGAAGGCAAGACUGGCUGGUUCCCAUCAAAUUACGUAAAAGAUAUAGGAUUGACUGGGGCAAAACCACCACCCACCGUUUUUGCUGUAGAAACGGUUCCAGAACAGCAAACAGUCAAUCGAAACCUAAUCUUAAAAGAUAUUAUAGAUUCUGAAAAAAGCUUCAUUUCAGAAAUUCAGACUUUGAUCAAAACGGUACUUACACCUCUAGGAAAUUCCGACAUUUUGACAGCAGAUGAAUAUAGCAAAAUUGUGCGGAAUUUACCAGAAAUCGUAGACCUUCAUUCAACCUUUGUCAGAUUGUUAGAAGAUUGCUACGAAAAACCCAGUCUAGAGCAACGAGUUGGCAACAUCUUCCUUGGCAUGGCUGAAAAAGUAAAGGUGGCUCAUACAGAAUAUUGUAGCAACCAUCCCAGGGCCGUUUGUAUCCUUGAGACUUAUAAGGAAAAGCUGGGUUCCUUUGUAGAGGGCCUUGGUGGACGUAGCCCAGGCUUGGUAUUUCUUACUGCCGGCCUCAGUCGUCCGUUUCGACGACUGGAACGAUAUGGAGGGUGUCUACAGGAGCUUGAACGUCACAUGGAGGAAUUUCAUCCAGAUAGGGGAGAUACUCAACGAUCGGUUUUCGUGUACCAAAACAUACCUUUACAUUGCGCUUCUGUACGUCGUCAAAAAGAGCAAGAACUUGAAGUGUUAUGUGGCUCCGUCCGCUGUUGGGAAGGCGAUGAGCCACAACGGCUUGGUGAACUACUGUACAUGGGCCCUGUCAAAAUCACGACAACUAUCCCGAUUCCAGAAACCAAGGACCGACACUUGGUGCUUUUUAGUCAGUGUUUAAUUUUACUCUCAGUUAGCCAGAGAUUGUCUGCCUUUGUCUUUGAGAAAAAGUAUAACCUUUCAGGAAUGUCUUUAAAUAUGCAAGAUGAUACUGAGCUAUCUCGCUGUACCUUUGAAAUACUAGUUUCAGGAUCGGAAAGAGUGCUUGUAAGCUGUCCGUCGAAAGAAGAACGACUUCGCUUGGUCGACUUGCUUCAGAAACAAAUUCGCAACCCUGUGAUUACAUCGUCGUCGGCUUCGACCGUUGCUUGUACUCUGCUGCAAAAUGUUCCACCCUCGAGUUCUAUCCAGCCAGCGCAUCAGAAGCAAGAAGUGAUACGAACAUCGAAUGCGUUGACGAGCAGAGGCAGCACGCCGGUACAAGCACGCCCACCGGUACAACAUACGCUGUCGGGUCCGGCGGGAAGCCAACAGUACCACCAAAACCCGCAUUUCUCUCUCGCCUCAGUUGUAAACCCAGUCACCAAUAACAGGGUUUGGACCUACUCCUCUCUCCGUCCAUCGCCUCCAAUCACGACACGACCUUGUCAAGAAAGAAGUAACAAAAGAGCUAUUAACAAGUCUUUAAAAAGAAGAGAAUUAAAUUACGAAGAUGACUCACAAUUGCUUAAGCUAGUGGAAGCAUAUUGUAGCUUGACCGCAAGGUCACGUCAAACAGUAAAAUCAGCGUUGUUAGAAUCACCACAAGUGCUGAUUGCCGAAGAGGAGAAAAUCAUCGUUGAAGAAGUGCAAGGCACUCGGACAGUCAUGGAGGAGAGGAGUUUAGUCGAUACAGUAUAUGCAUUGCGGGAUCAAGUACGUGAGCUGCAAAAUCAAGUAACAUCCCUAGCUAAGGAAGUUGAGUUACUGAAGAAUGUGUAGCCAACCAGAUGACGGAAUGAACAUCAGAUAAGAUCAAUGAGCCUUGGCAUGAAGAUCGACAUUUGGUAUUAAUAAAUUUACUUUUCUAUGUUUCUAAAAGAGAUUGUUCCAACAUAAUUUUAUCAAAGCCGGGUGGAGGAUCGUGCACAAAGCUAUCAAAAACAACGUCCAAAACGGCUCCGUCGUCCACUGUAAUAAAUUUAAGUGUAAAUAAAUCGUGAUUUAAUGUGA